AUCGUGUUCUGUCAUCAUUUCACGAAAGCGUUCUUGAACAAGAUUUUACUGACCCUAGAGAUUCUCGAGUGCUGCGUGCUUCCGGAUCGCUCGAAAAUCGAAGUGGAGGUUCUUCUGUUGUCAGUGCGGGGUAGACAAAGAAGGCCGUUCGCUACUCCGAAUCCACCAACAGCUUCCACGUCGUAACAGUAUGGGCGGUUUGGUGAGCUACUUCAAGAGUCUCUUGGGGAGCCGCGAACUGAGAAUACUGAUUUUGGGACUCGACGGCGCCGGGAAGACAACCAUUCUCUAUAGGUUACAAGUGGGCGAGGUCGUCACGACGAUCCCGACUAUCGGCUUCAAUGUCGAACAAGUGACAUACAAAAACCUCAAGUUUCAAGUUUGGGAUCUCGGGGGCCAGACGAGCAUUCGUCCAUAUUGGAGAUGUUAUUUCAGCAACACCGAUGCUAUCAUUUACGUCGUCGAUAGCGCCGACCGGGACAGAAUCGGCAUUUCGAAAGAGGAACUCGUCAGCAUGCUAGAGGAGGAAGAGCUGAAGAAGGCGAUUUUAGUAGUCUUAGCGAACAAACAGGACAUGGCCGGCGCAAUGACAGUUUCUGAGAUGCACACAGCUUUAGGACUAGACGCUCUAAGGGAUCGAACGUUCCAAAUUUUCAAAACGUCCGCGGUCAAGGGCGAUGGUCUGGAUGAAGCAAUGGAAUGGUUAUCGAAUGCCCUCACGAAUGGAGGGAAGUGAGCUCGUGACGGGUAUACGACUGAUCGUGCAUGCUUUAGAACUUGGUGUUGUACAUGGUGAGGAAAGAUUUCCAGAUGUCCAAAGGUUUUAUGGGGACGACCGAAACACGAGCGCUUCCGGCCAGUGUGCAGUCGGCUCGGAGCCUUGGCGAAGAUAAUGAAUGUGAUGUAUAUAGACCAUGAACGAUGAGGAUAUCACCGCACGAUAGGAAACAGCCUGAGUGAGCGACGCAUGGUGCGAAAAUCGACUAGAUGAGAGGAUGAUAAUAAUAAUAAUAAUAGAUGAUAAUUAUAUGAAUCUAUAUAGAUGAAAAUAUGAAUAUGUUCGUAUAAUGUGAGCAGGAAUGAUUGCUAGUGAAUCACAACGAGGCAAAGAGACUUCAGAGCCACGAUCGUCGCAGUCUAUUUUCAUGUUACGGCCCGGUAAAGGAAUCGGAGAAAAAAGCGAAGCGAGCAGGGAAAAAAGGCUCGUGGAGCACCUCCAGGAGCAGUCAGGGGCGGAAGGCUGUAGUGCCAGGUGGUUCCAAACUACGCUCUUUCAUAAGAAUAAAUGAU